UAGAAAUGUGGAGUUUGGAGUUGGCCAAGCUGGUCUCAGUCAUACUUUGGUCCAGUCUCUCCCUACUCUGCUCCCUUUCCUCCCUUUUGGAAUGUCAUUGGAUAUUCUGUGUCACUGUUUAUGGGCAAUCUGAUUUUUUAUUUUUAUUUUUCUUGGGGUUACAGUUAAAAGAUUGCCUUAAGUCUCAGAAGAGACAUUGAACUUUGUACUGUUAAACAGUGUUAAGACUGUUACAGACUAUGGGAACUUCUGAAGUUGGACUGAUGCAUUUUUGCAUUAUGACAUGGUCUGACAUGGUGUGAUAAGACCUCAUGGUGCUCUGUAGAGUGCCCCAGUAUGACAGGGUAUCAAGGCACUCUGUGGAGUGACCCAGAACGACUCAACAUCAUGGUGCUGGAUGAAGUGACCCAGGAUGACAAGGUGACAUGCAGAGUUGUCAGGCAAGAUCAUCACUGGAAAGGUUUUGUUAAAAACCAGGUCAUUAGGCAUUCGGUUCACAAGAGACUGUUGUGGAGUGCUGGACCCAAAGGAGACAACAUUUAUGAAUGGAGGUCAACUAUAUUGGGACCCCCAGGAUCUGUCUAUGAAGGAGGGGUGUUCUUUCUUGACAUUACCUUUUCACCAGAUUAUCCGUUUAAACCCCCUAAGGUCACCUUCCGAACGAGAAUCUACCACUGUAAUAUCAACAGCCAGGGCGUAAUCUGUCUGGACAUCCUCAAGGACAACUGGAGUCCAGCCCUGACCAUCUCUAAAGUCCUCCUGUCCAUCUGCUCACUACUUACAGACUGCAACCCUGCCGACCCCCUGGUGGGCAGUAUUGCCACACAGUACAUGACCAACAGAGCGGAGCACGACCGGAUGGCCAGACAGUGGACCAAGCGGUACGCCACCUAGGGGCCUGUGUGUGCCAGCUGUGUGCAAGCACAUUCACCAAGUGCAUCAAUAUAGCCCACCUGCCCCUCCAGACCUCUGUUCUGUUUCCUGUUUUUAUUAAAUUUUAAACUGUUUUGUGAUGGUAUGUCAUUUGUCCCUCUUCCUUCCUACCGCCACCUCCUCCCCUUCUCUCUGUCCCUCUUUCUCCCUUUUAUUCCAUUUUCGGUUUCUGUUAACUUGAAAGAUUUGGGAUUCCCCCACUGCAGUGUGGAUGGGAGCUUCUGUUUUAAGUACAAACCAUGUUGGAGCUAUACUAGAAAGACCUUUCAUACAGAGCUUUGUGUUACUGUGUGGUUUGGGUUUUUGUUGUUGUUGUUUGUUUUAUCUUUUUUUUUUUUCUUUUAUGUGCUCUUCGGGGAAAACACACAUUCAGAAGUAUAUCUCGUUUCUACUUAAAUGUAGUGCUUAGGGUUAAUUUUUUGUACUGAAGUCUUUAUUGGUGGGUGCAUGCUACUGGGAACAAGGUUUUGUACAAAAGGUCCAAUCAGAAUCACUGUGCAUUACUGAGACCCUGUCUAUCACGAGCCUUCUGUCCCCCACACAGAAGACUGUCAGAUUGAACAAAAUAAUAUGUAUUUUGAUUUACUUAAGUGCUUGUAAAUUUCUUAGGGACCUGCCACUUUUGACUGUGGAUCAGUUGAUGUAUACUUGUAUUAUUAAUGCCUCAAUAAAUCACUGUGGCGGAUCAAU